ACGAUGAUCUUCAGAAGUUUGAAGACGAACAAAUGACGGGACCCGGCAGGAUAAACUCAACAACCAACACCGUUGCCACUCGCGAAGAACCCAUUCGCAAACAUGUUCAAAAGAGUGAAAAAGACAAAAAGGAAAUAAAGGCCGAAAAACGAGGGACCAACGGACUUGAAACGCCUUCAACCAAUAAACGCAAAAAGGUCAAAGACACAGGAACUCCACCACCUUCGAAACAUAAUGGGGACAAAGAACUUCAGAAACCCGGGAAAGUUUCAAGGAAGAGAGAGAAUGGCAAAAACAACAAAAAAGUAGCUGCCGAAAAAUCAAAUACGAGCGAGGAUACGCAAACGGUGGCAGAUAUGCCCAUUGAUCCAAAUGAACCGAUAUAUUGUUAUUGCAAGCAAGUCAGUUAUGGAGAAAUGGUUGCCUGCGAUAAUACCGAAUGCGAGAUAGAAUGGUUUCACUUUGCAUGCGUUAAACUCACCGAUCGACCAAAAGGGAAAUGGUAUUGUUUUGAUUGCUCGGAAAAAGUAAAGCAGCGGCACAAAAAAUGA